GUUUGUACAGUGAAAUUUCUUCAAAAUGCACUCGCUCUAAAUAGUUGGCGCGGACGUUGAGUUGACCAUCAUAUGUCGAGCUGCUGAUUAUACUGAUAUGAACAACAACAGUAAUCAACAAAUAGUUAGGUUUCGAAAUUCUUGAAUCUUUUCUCUCGAUCAGUUCCUCCCUUACCUUCUGCCAUAUUCGCUUCGGGGGUUGUCUGAGAACAUCUCAUAUUUUCUCUAACCAAAGUCUGUAGAACCAAUAUCCAUGAGUCCAGGUGGCUACACUGCUGAAGUUACAAGCCUGUCCCCAAUUGCUACUGAGAAGCACAUCAAUGAUUUCUUCGCUCUUUGUGGGAAGAUUGAUCAUGUGGAGAUUGUCAGAGCUGGAGAACAUGGUGGUACAGCAUAUGUGACAUUUAGAUCUUCGCAUGCUCUCGAGACAGCUGUAUUGCUUAGUAAACUCAGAUACUCUUCAACCCAGACUUUGUGUCACAACCAUACUCAGGAGGUGCGCCUACCUCCGACGACCCAGCAGCCGAAAUCCGACACCCAACUACAAGGCGAGGGUGCUACAUGUGCCACCACAAGUCCGGCGACCUCCACUCAUGCGCCGACGCGUGACAUCUAUUGGCCGUGGAGAUUUCCGAUCGAAAACCGCUGUCCGGCUCCCCUACUUUUUGUAGGACGGCCAGGGAAACGAGCGCGAAGAACACAACCAGUAGGGAGGACGAGCUUAUUCGCGCAUCUUGGCUGCGGAUAUCUAUGCUUGCACUCCGAUAAGCUUCAGAGUAUUUCAAAAACAUGUCUUGUUUCAUCAUCCUCGAAAUGGAUCAUUGACUCAGGUGCCUCAAAUCAUAUGACCGGAUCUCUUAACGAAGCAGACUUCUGGUAAAGGACAUGAGUCGGGUGCAACAAUUUUGGAUCAACGUGUAUGCAUAACCCGCUGGGGACACUAUGAAGAUGAAUGUGAUUAUUGGAACCCGUCUGCAUGGAAGCCACAAGAAGCAAGUGAAUCAGCUGGGCAUGCACAAGGCCGCCAGUACAUUCCUUCUGCGGGUGAAGCUGUGACCAUUGCACAAGAUGUGGUCAAAUUAAUGCUGUCAAAAGGGUAUGUGCUAGGGAAAGAUGCUCUGGGUAAGGCUAAAGCUUUUGACGAAUCAUAUCAAUUGUCAGCCACUGCAGCAGCCAAGGUGGCUGUUUUAAGUGAGAGGGCAGGCCUUACCAACAAGGUUUUUGCGGGGGUUGAAGCUGUUAGAUCGGUGGAUCAGAAGUUACACAUUUUGGAAAGCACCAAGUCGGCUGUAUCGGCUACUGGGAAAACCGCUUUUGCAGCUGCAAAUGCAGUUGUCGGAAGCUCCUAUUUCUCCAAAGGUGCUUUAUGGGUCUCGGGCGUUUUGGGCAAAGCAGCAAAAGCUGCAUCUGAUUUGGGCAGUCAAGGGAUCAACAAAUAAUGAAUAUAUAUAGUAGUUAUGGCGAGUCUAGUUUAAUGAUGUUUGUUUCGAGUCACAGUUUCAUAUUGUAGUUGCAGCUUACUCAGUUAGAAAUAAUAUGUUGAAAUUGAAAUGUCCAGUGUGCUAGUUUCAUACAUAGUUUUAGGUUGGAUCUUGCCUUGCAAAUGACAGGGCAAUAAUAGUGUGUGGUUGUGUACUUCAUAUGAAUUUGCCUUCCUAUUCCUUCCUUUGUACGGAGUGUAAUUUAUUUCCGUGUUGAGAUUAUCUCCUUUUGUAUAGGGGAAAUUCUACCUGUAGUCCAUCCAGUGUAAUGCUUGACGAAUGAGUUCGGGUUUGAUAUGUGCAAACUUGUUCGGUUUUCGAGUUAAUAGAUUGAAAUCUACCCUA